ACCCUCACACUCCCAAACUACACCUUCACUGUUUCUCUCUCAUCCUUACGAGCUGCCGCAUAAAAAGCCAUGAACCGGAAAACGGGAUUCCUGCUCGCAUUCAUCUGCGUCGCCGUCUCUAUCGUCGGCGGCCAGCCUCCGGCUUCCGCGCCAGCCUCCGGCACCAUCACCACCCCACCUGCUGCUCCACCCACCACAACAGCCACUCCACCACCCACAUCGACACCACCGCCGGCGGCUCCGGUCUCAUCUCCACCGGCAUCAGCUCCAGCCUCGACCCCACCGACUCCCGCGCCGGUCAGCUCUCCUCCGUCGCCGGCGCCGGCGAGCCCCCCGCCUGUUCCCCCGCCCACCAUCUCCUCGCCGCCUCCAGCCACGGCUCCGGUCCAGUCUCCGCCGUCUCCGGCUCCUGAGGUCGCGACUCCGCCGGCGCCGGCUUCCGCCCCGCCCACUGAGACGCCGGUGGAGGCCCCUGCUCCCAGCAAGAGGUCCAAGAGGCACCACGCACCUGCACCGGCUCCGGAGAUGCUCGGCCUCGGCCCACCCGCGCCGCCGGCGGAAGCUCCCGGACCUGGUGCCGACUCCCUUUCUCCUGGUCCUGCGUCGGCCGAGGAUGUGAGUGGAGCAGAGAGAUUAAUGAGCGUCGAGAAGCUGCUGGGAAGUUUGGCCGCGUUUGGCUGCCUCUUUUUCCUCGUCUAGAUAAAAAUAAAAAUUUAAAUAUGUUUUGUGAAAAUUUGCACCGACAUGUUUGUUGUCUUUUAUCGGAUCUUGUCUGUCGGGUUUUCAAUUAUUCGGAUCCGCUUGGGGAUUUACCACAUUUGUCUCUUCAGUCUCUUGUAUUCUUUGAGAGUGCAAUUUUAGGGAGGCAUUUUCUAUUUUUUCUUUUCAUUUUUUACAAUUUUUAAUUCACUUGUCAUUUUGAACUAUUUGUACUUGUACUUUGUAGAACCUCCCAUACAUUUUAGUUAAUUUUAUGAAUUAUUUGUUGUUUGUUAGUUUUUUUAUUUUCUUUUUGUUAUGAGGCUGUAAUUUUGGGGAAGCUAAGCAAAUAUUUACUACUAGCUAGAAAGAAAUAGUUGAUCGAAUAUGAUGAUGCAAAUUGCGAUGUGUGCAGUUAGUUUUCUGAAAUUAUAAAAAUUAC